AAUAGAAGAUAAUACCGCAGGUCCUCGCGUACAAGCGCGUCGUGACGGCGGACGGGCUGUACGUCCUCCCGAACGUGUGGCACGAGCACGCCGUCUACCUGCACUACAUCUGCGCCUUUUACGACUCGCUGCCCCCGCUGAGCGCCUUCCUGCACGGCCACCGCUCCUCGUGGCACAACCGCGGCACAGCAGCUCCGCGGCCCCGCCCUCCCCUCCCGCCGCCCUCCCCGACGCCGCCUCCGCCGCAGCAGGCGAGCCCGCGAUCUCGUGAAUGACUGCUAAAUGACCAGCUAAUGACGGCAGGCGAGCCCGCGAUCUCGCAGCUGCGCGAGCUGCCCCUCGCGCGGCUCGCAAGGGAGCGCGGCGUCUACUUGUCCUUCAACAACGGGCGGGACACCGAGUACUGCAUCCGAGCCCACCUCGAGCCCACGCAGCUCCGCGACUGGCAGCGCGAGGUGCGCGCGCAGACGCACAGCUGGCGCCGCAUGAUGGCGGCGGACCUCGGCCCUCCGCCCGCGGCGUGCGGCGGCUACUGCUGCACGCAGUUCCUCGUCUCGGCCGACCGGAUCCGCGCGCGGCCACACUCCUUCUGGCGGCGCCUGCUGGCCGACCUGCUCGACGAGGCGACGCCCGCCGUCUGCAAGCCGUCCGGGCACCUGCUCGAGCUCGUCUGGGGCUACCUGCUCGGCGAGCCCGCAAACUUCACCUGCAGCCGCAGCGGGGGGGGCAGCCAGUUCCCGGCGUGGGCGUUGCGAAGGGGGGGCAGAGGCGGAGCUCGAUGAGCGAGAACGAGCCUUUUGCGGUGUGGAGCGUG